CGGGUUAUUCUCCCCCUCACUGUUGAGGAGUACCAAGUUGCUCAGCUUUAUGCCGUUGCUGAGGCCUCAAAAGAGCAGACAGGCGGUGGCGAUGGCGUAGAAGUUCUUGUGAACGAACCAUUCACAGAAACGGUUCACCCUCCGGACAGUCCUUUAUUAGAUGGCAGCUACAAAACCGGACAGUUUACUCACAAAAUCUAUCAUAUGGCAACCAAGCUUCCUACAUUGGUUUCCAAGCUCCUGCCAACUAGUUUGAUGACUUUUAACGAGCUAGCUUGGAAUGCGUAUCCGUACUGUCGGACAAUCCUCACGAACGACUAUAUGAAGAAAGACUUCGAAAUCAAGAUAGAGUCACUACAUUCAUCUAACCUCAAUUUAGUGAAUGCACACAAUCUCCCACAAGAUCUUCUGGCGCAAAGAAAAGUCGUAUAUAUCGAUAUUUCUUCCAGAGCCGGUUUAGGAUCAAAUGAUUGUAAACCGGACGAAGAGCCAACUACCUACCGUUCCGUGAAAACCGGACGAGGUCCUCUUCCUGAAGGUCGCUGGUGGGAGGUACGUUUUUAUACAACGGUUUUCUGUUUAUGGCUGCUUUUUGUGCUCCUGCAUCUCCAAAAAGAACACAAUUGUCCGGUGAUGUGCGCCUACAAGCUCGUUACCUGCCGUUUUCAAUGGUGGGGCCUCCAGACGCAGGUUGAAAACUUAAUUCAAAGGGUUAGUAUUUCACUAGACAUUUGUCGCCUUCGUAUGCUAUGA